AGGCAGUAACCGACGUACCGCAGCGCGGGGGAGUCGCGUCGCUCCUAUCGCACAAUUCGGAUCCAUACUAUAAAUAUUAGCGCUUAGGGAUCCGUAGUGUUGUGAUAAAUAAUUAUAAUAAAAAGACAAAAAGUGAAUUUACAAAUAGUAAGGAUUUAAUUCACGCGUUCACGUGUUUAUUUCAGUGUAGUGGCUAUCAGGCGUACAUGUGGCAUUAGCUUGACUAAUAUCGUGCUCGCGUGGCCGACGGUCCAUAUAGUGUUGGGGUGUGAUGUGCGGCGUGCGCUGACUGCGGAGUAAUGUUUAUCAAGGGCGGCCCGGGGCCGGCCGAAGAGGAGCGCCGUGGAUCUGUGUCUAAUUGGUUCUCGUCGUUGAGACGAGGUGGCAGGCGCAAACGUGAAGAGCCGGCGGUCCCGUCCAGCUACGGCUCGCUGGGCCGGCGCAAGGAUGGCACGCAGUCGCGGGGCAAGACGCGCUCCGCCUGGGACCUCACCUCUGUCGCCCGACUGCAACUCAAAGAUGAGCUCGGCGAGGUGGUGGCCGAGCUGGAGGCCAUGGACGGCCAGGAGGAGUGCAAACAGAACAGCAAGGCCAAACAGAUGAGCAUAGGCCGGAAGAAGUUCAAUAUGGAUCCUAAGAAAGGCAUCGAGUACCUUUAUGAAAAUGGUCUACUACAAAGGACGCCGGAAGACGUAGCACAGUUCCUCCACAAAGGCGAGGGAUUGAGCAAGACGGCGAUAGGCGACUACCUAGGGGAGCGGUCAGAGUUCAACGAAGCCGUGCUACGGGCGUUUGUUGAACUACACGACUUCACGGACCUCAUACUAGUUCAAGCACUCAGACAAUUCCUAUGGAGCUUCCGUUUACCUGGCGAGGCUCAGAAGAUCGACCGUAUGAUGGAAUGCUUCGCACAGCGCUACUGCCAACUAAACCCGGAUAUCUUCACCAAUGCAGACACGUGCUACGUACUCAGCUUCGCCAUUAUUAUGCUGAACACCUCCCUACACAACCCCAGCGUGAAGGACAAGCCUACCCCGGAACAGUUUGUCGCCAUGAACCGCGGGAUUAACAACGGCGGGGACCUCCCUCAGGAAUUGCUCCUGUCGUUAUACGAGUCUAUAAAGACGGAGCCAUUCAAAAUUCCCGAGGACGACGGCAAUGACCUCAUGCACACCUUCUUCAACCCAGACAAGGAAGGGUGGCUCUGGAAGCAAGGUGGACGAUACAAGUCGUGGAAGAGACGGUGGUUUAUCCUGAACGAUAACUGCCUGUACUACUUCGAGUACACGACCGACAAGGAGCCACGGGGGAUCAUUCCAUUAGAAAAUAUAUCUGUGCGACCAGCGAGCGACCGGCAGCGGCCACAUUGUCUCGAGCUGUACGCCAGCGGCGGCGCUGACCUCAUCAAGGCCUGCAAGACCGACUCCGAGGGGAAGGUCGUCGAGGGGAAACAUACCGUCUACAGAAUGUCGGCCGCGACAGCCGAGGAGCGCGACGAGUGGAUCGAGUGCCUGCGGCGCUCCAUCAGCCACAACCCUUUCUACGACAUGCUCGCGCAGCGCAAGAAGAAGGCGCAGCACAACGCGCACUCCGGCUCGCACUAGUCAACGCUCAUACAGAGAGUAUUCACCAAAAAGUCUUCACGUCGCAAUCCAGAAGUGAACAUACUGGGCUGUGGCCAUAACGGAUUGACCCCGAAUCACAUGCUGUCGACCAGGCGAACAAUAUAAGCUCAUGACUAUAUUCCCAAUUAGGGGUAGUCACAGAUACAGCCAUCACAUGAACUAAGUACUCGUGUAUCACCGAGCUUUAUUAGAAAGUGAUUGGUGAGUCGUAUCGCCGCUAGAGACAUUAAAUUAACACUUUGAACGACACAGGAGCACAAACUUUAAGAACAGAUUCUAAGUAACACAGAAUGACAGGUCACUGACCCUAUCUGUGUCUAUGAAAGUACAAGUCCAGCCGACCAACUCAGAUUUGUAAUUAUUUCAAGAUUUGUCAAGCCUGGUACGAUAAAUUUUAACGAUAAACUGUGAUUCGUUUCCCAAUUCGAUUCAAGCACAAAAUAUGCUGAUCCAAUACAGGAGGCAGAAGAUGGAAAUCCAGACAAUCAAGUCAACUGCAAUGCUCGAGGGAUUACUAUUGUCGAAUAAAUGUUAUGAAGGAAAUGAAUGGACUUCCAAAGUGGCAUUGUUGCGUUAGUCAAUUCCAAGUGUCAGUGUGUGUGUCGUGCAGAACCAAAACGACCUCGUCUCGGCCAUAGAUUUACUACUACCGUAGAUUGAACAUCAACGCUCAAAAAGUGGGACGCAAACUUACUGUUUAUAUAGCGAUGUUGACAGUACUUUACCUCAGUGCGCGAUUAGGCGCCGAACUGGCAACACGGGGAAGUGCGUGGUAAAAACUUGCAUAAUACUCCCGGUCAAUCCGAGUCGCAGUAUAACCCGACCGCGUUACUAAGCACCACGCGCUAGUAUACAUAAAAGACGAUGCGUACUUUCUUAAUUUGACACGAUUUUAUUGAAUGUAUAUACCGCUGUGUACAAAUGUAUAGCUAAACAAGCGCCAAGUUUUUGACGCAUUUUUGUAUCACGCGUUUUAUCUAUGGUAGUGGUAAAUCAAUAGUCUCAGGUCUUUUCUAUCUGUAGAAGAAUUCGUCAUGUCUCGUAGCAGGCGUGGUUCAACAUUUGGAUACAAGUGUAAAGUAGCAAAUCGUGAAAAAUCAGCUUCUCUCGUAUAGUUUAUUACGAAGUUUAACGAUAGUUUUUACGAGCGAAACGGCUUUAAUAUCUCGUCAGUUAAUGUCCUUGUCAAUCUUAAAACUGAUUCAUGCGAUGUAUUUAUAGAUGUUUAUCUAACCAGAUGCAUGCCGUCAUGGGACAUGACCACAAAGUCCGGAUCACGCCUUCAAAAACGAAUAAUUUAUACGUCCAAUAAUGUUAUUGAUACGACAAGAGUCUGUCAAACAAAAAAUGUGAUAUUCCCAACCAUGGAAGCGAAAGUCAGUAUGCUGUACAUUGCAUUGUACAUAUCACGAGUAACUAUAAUCAAUGCGCGUCUCAUGGUUGCCAGCUAGAUGUCCAUGUAAAUAACGAAGGUAAGACUGAACACAGUUAUGUAAUUUUUAUACAUUAUUUCUUUGGUAGCUCGCUCUGAGAGUUCAUUUCGCGUUGCUGUACUGUCCCGAAGUACUAUUAGCCGCGUAGUAAACUGUCAGAUGCACCCUCCAAUAAUACAAGACAGGAAAGCGGUGUUGAGUUGCAUGGGUCGCUAAGUUAUAUUUAUAAUUUGCAACAUGCUAUAGUCCAAUAAAUUAUGAUUAUUAAAUAAAUGAUUUGAAAAAUUCUCGUCACUACUUUUUCUUGACAAUAAUUUUACUCAUCGUGGUUUUACCUUUUGGUUAAACCUUAGGAUUUGUAUUCAAUGAAAGUAUUACUUUGUAAUGUAUAAAUCAGUGUAGUGUCGUAUCUAAUGUGUAUAAAUAGGGUAUAGUUAACAUUAGUGUAAAUUAGCCCUCGCGUUUACUUUCUCAUGAUUGUAAAUAUGGCUUUAUGAAAGUAAUGUUAUUAUAGUGCAAAGUUGUUUAAAUGACAACAAAUUUUUAGUUUACAUUCCUACAUCUCGUCCGAUCAACGAAAAUGUAAUGCUUUGAAAAUUCAAUUAUUUUUAUUAGAUUGGCGGAGCGAAUAAUUUAUUUCUUAUCUGUAAUGCAAAGUGUAACAAAAUGAGGAGCAAUUGUGAAUGAUAUUGAACUUUUAAUGCAUUGAAAUGAAAGAGUUUUUUUUAUAAAUCUUCUGCAAGUAGUCAAUUGUGUGGUCGGUGGUUUUCUUGUAUCACAUUUAUAAUGCAAUGGUUAAAGCUUUUGGCGACCGCGGUUGUUUUAUUUAUUUAUUAAUCAAAAGAGAAUGGGCAAGUUAAUCUACCUACUCAAUACCAACAAGCCAUAUAUCAAUGAACAGGAUAUUUCAUCCAUAUUUUUUGGGGUUAUUUGUGUAAAAGUCAAUAAUAAUUAUUUUAUUAUUAUUAUUUGAAGGUCGAAUCGGUGCGGAAAUACCGCAGCCGAAUUUAUAUACAUAAUCUUUUCAUUAGCAAAGAAGGCGUACUUAUUGUAGAGUAACAUCUGUACAUAUUUGCCCAUUCAAUUUUCUUUAUUUGAUACCUAUCAUGGGACUACUUUUUAAAACAUUUCACACCGCUAUGAAGUGAAUACAAGAAUUAUGUUUUUUAAAUCGGGAUGAAGUUUAAUAACAAAAAUAAGUUUCGUUGUAGGGAAUGGUGCCUAAAAUGUAUUGAUCUGUAACUAGGAUAGGUUUAGCAAUAGUCUGCCUAAAUAAGCUGUAAAUUUGCCUGGAAAAUGUUAAUUUAUCUCAAGUGUAAUGUUUUAUAUGACAAUGGAUAUGUGCAUAAUAAUGGUGUUGUAAAUAUUUUGUAAGAAAAUGAUGAAUAUACAUAAUUAUCUUUAUUUA